AUGGGCGUUGCAUUAACACCGUUUCUUCUCACCGUCCCUUCAAUUUCCAUUUCCACCCACAAUCGCACCUUUCUUGUUGCUCCAUAUAGAACCCAUCGCAUUCGCAUUACGAUAAAAUGUAUCAAGGUAGAUAAUUCAAAUACUGAAUCAGAAGCAACUAUAAUGUGUGAAGCUUGUAACGGAAGAGGAUGGUUAGUUUGUGAUUUUUGUCAAGGACAGAAGACUAAUGUUAAAUCACAGAACAACCGUAUCUACCGUCGGUGCCCCUCAUGCAAAGCCGUUGGGUAUGUACUGUGUUCUAAGUGUAAGGUGUUCAAAUGUGUUACUUUUCCUGAUUUUAAUGAUUCUCAGAUUAGUUAA